GUCUGCGCUGCUGGCUGACCUGUUGUGGUCGCUGUGAGCUCUCCGAGGCUGGUGCGACCCCGCGGCAGGGGCGCGGUCGGGAUCCCGGCGGGGAAGCAGCGAGUCUCGGUUCAUAGACGAGAGACAUGGAUGGUGGUUAUUCCUCAGACCAGGAGGAGAGGAGAGGCAGCGAGCCUACUCCCUUUGAGGAUCCAGGGACCUUGGAGAGCUCCAUCCUCUUCACCAAAAGGAACAUGCCAGAGGUCCCGGAGGAGGAGGAGGAGGAGUCCCAGCCCCCGCUUAGGGAGCAGGACCUGAAGGAGACCUACAUCCAGCUGGUCCAAGGUGUGCAGGAGUGGCAGGAUGGCUGCGUCUACCGAGGGCAUUUCGGGCUGGACAUGAAGUUGGGGUAUGGAGAAUUCUCGUGGCCUACGGGUGAGUCCUACCACGGGCAGUUUUACCGGGACCACCGCCAUGGCUUCGGCACCUACAUGUGGCCAGAUGGCUCCAGUUUCACUGGCAUGUUUUACCUCAGCUACCGAGAAGGCUACGGCACUAUGUACAUGAAGUCAAGGCUCUUCCAGGGGCUGUACAAAGCAGACGAGCGGUUUGGGCCAGGCAUUGAGACCUACCCCGACGGCAGCCAGGACGUGGGGCUGUGGUUCCGGGAGCAUCUGAUCAAGCUGUGCACGGAAAUACCCUGCAGCUUCUCCAUCCGCUGUUACCCGGAGUUCGAGGGCUUCCUCACGCACUCCCCUGUUAGAAUCAGCCUCUCUGAGGAGGAGACCAUGCACUGGGACCUGCAGGAGGAGCAGGACCCAUUUUUCUAUGACUAUAAGCAGUUGCUGCUGAAUGACGACCUGACUCUGUCCCCGGAUGUGUACCUCUACUCCACCGACAACACCCACAUGCCCAUUACCCGCUCUUUCCGAAGAGACUUGGACUCCCGGAUCUUCCUGCAUGAUAUUCCUCCAUUUGUUGAGGACGGAGAACCGUGGUUCAUAAAAAAUGAGACCCCUUUGAUGGUCAAAAUCCAAAAACAUGCUUACAAGUUCAGGAACAAGAAGGAGCACUCCAGCUGGAACAUGGGCGCCAUCCUGGAGGGGGACCGGAGCAGCUUUGCAUGCCGUGGCCCCAAGGAGCGGCUUGCCAGGGAGAUGAUCCUGAAGGCCGAGGAAGGGAACUACGACUGGAUUUAUGGGAUCCUGAGGGACAACCUUGCCAGUCCCGACGUGGCCGAUGCUCAUGGCUACACGGUGCUCGCUGCAGCCGCAAUUAACUGUCACAUUAACAUUGUCAACCUGCUGCUGGACAACGGGGCUGAUGUGAACAAGUGCACGGAUGAGGGCCUCACGCCUCUCAACAUGUGCUUCCUCCUCUACUACCCAGCCACGUCCUUCAGGCCCAACAUCGCCGAGAGGACGGUGCCCGAGCUCCAGUGCUUUCCAAAGGAAGUUCAAAAACUCUCAGAUAGUCACAACUACUCCUUCACAUUCCAUGACUCAGACUCAGUCUUCAAUGACGACUUGAUACCCACCCCAGACAGCCAGAAGUCCACCGACCAGAGGGACAGCCUCCAGAAGUGGGAGUCCACAUUGCCGAGGGGCAGCGUCAGCAUCAGUGACCAGGGCCAGGAGCUGGAAGAUGUGUUGGAGAGCUUGGACCAGGGCACGCAAAGCAGCAGCAGUGGUGAGACCAACUUCGAGUCUAACCUCGGUGUGCAGGACUACUCCAUCGAGUUGUCACUUAAUAUACUGGAGAAGAGCGCCAGGGCCUACAGCAUGCUCAAGGUGCCCUCCAAUGAGGCCAUCUCUGACAAAGGAACCAUGAGGCAGAUGGCAUGGACCAUGAUCAAACACAGAAACAGGUGGCUGACCAUCAACCGCCUGCUGCACCGAGGCGCUGACCCCAACCUGUGCCGCGUGCCCAUGCAGGUCCUGUUCUUCUCUGUGAAGGCCGGGGACGUGGACGGGGUGAAGCUGCUGCUGGAGAAUGGUGCCAGGACCGACAUCCAGUUCCCCUCAGAGCUGAGGGCCCUGACCCCCCUCCACAUUGCAGCUGCCCUUCCCGGGGAGGAGGGCGUCAAGAUAACAGAGCUGCUGCUCCACGCCAUCACGGAUGUGGACGCCAGGGCAACUGACCAAGACGAUGUGUACAGACUGAGCAAGCCAGAGCUGCUGCCUUCAAGCAUGAAGCUCAACAAUGAAGUAGGCCCGCCCAGCAUCUACAAUAGCGCAAGUAUGUCUGUCCCUGAAGAGGGGGGCAGGACAGCUCUGCAUGUGGCCUGUGAGCGGGAGGACAACUACAGGUAUGCCAGGGAUGUCGUCCACCUCCUCCUCUCCCACAAAGCCAACAGCAGCCUGCUGUGGGGCGGCCACUCCCCGCUCUCCCUGUCCAUCGCCAGUGGGAACGACCUGAUUGUGAAGGAGCUGCUGUCCCAAGGCGCUGACCCCAACCUGCUUCUGACCAAGGGCUUGGGCAGUGCCCUGUGUGUGGCCUGCGACAUCGCCUACGAGCACCGGAGGAGUGUGAACAGCAGGCUGGGCCUGAUUGACCUGCUCAUCAAUUAUGGGGCCGACGUCCUGGCCCCUGUGACACUCACGCAAGGGGACAAGGUGGCCGUGGGCACAGUCGUCGACUAUGGGUAUUUCAGAUUCUUCCAGGACCGGAAGAUUGCCCACUGCCCCUUCCACACGCUGAUGCCGGCAGAGCGGGAGACGUUUGUGGCCCGGAAGCGGCUCCUGGAAUACAUGGGCUUCCAGCUGCGCUGCGCUGUCUUGGCCAAGGAGAGCCAGUGGGACCCAAAGGUGCUGUACUUGAGCAAGAGAGCGCAGCUGAUCCCCUGCCACAGGCUGAAGCAAAGGGGCUCCGGCUUUCCCAAGGACCUGAACUUGGAGGAGCUGGAGCAGAUUCCCUUUUUCAAGUUCUGCUACCAGUGUGGCCGCUCCAUCGGCGUGCGCCUGCUGCCCUGCAGCCGCUGCUACGGGAUCCUGACCUGCAGCAAGAGCUGUAAGACCAAAGCCUGGGCCGACUUCCACAGCAGGGACUGCGGCACCCUGACGGCCAUCGGAAGGAAGUAUUUGUCGGAGAUCAGGAAGAAGUUCAAGAAGCCCACGAACAAGUGUCCAGAGACCAAGGGGUCGCAGUGCCAGAUGAAGCAAAUGUAUACCAGCUACAAUCAGGAAUGAACCAUGGCUGCCCACCUGCCCUGAAGCUGAGUGGGCCCUAGUGCUGAGUGGGCCCUAGUGCCCUGAAGCUGAGUGGGCCCUGGGCACCAGGCACCCUGGGCUCGUGGAGGCCAGGGGAGCAGGCAGCCACUGCUCUACAGGUACCCCCAGCCCCACUGCACCCAGGCUGUCAGGGCUGCAGCACCAGGGGAGCCCCUCUGCGGAGCCUCAUUCUUCCCUCCAGGGUGUGCUGUCCACCGUGCUGGGGGGCCCUGCCCCUCACACUCAGGGGGUCUGGGCUGGCGGCACUGAGCCCUCAGCGCUCCAGGCUUUGGGGAAGAGAGGCUUUGCUGAAUGUCUGCCAGGCUGCUGGUGUGGGCUGUGAUGCCCAAAUAA